UUUUCUUUUUCUUCCUUUCUUCUCCACUGAAAGAGAUCUGCUUAUCCAUUAUCGAAGAGGAGGAGAUUCCUCGAUCCUUUGGGAGGAUCCCCAAUCGAGGAUCGAAUCGCGCGAAUCAACGUUGGCGGGACAUGGAUAGGUUCGAGAACGUUUCGAGGCUUGGAGGAAGGUGAUCGAAAGUGGAUCAUCGAAAGUGAGGGGCCGAUCACGCGGGGGUGGACGAAGGGACGAAGCGAAAAUAUGUCGGUCGCGGGAACGAGGAGGCUGUGCAGAGUGGGCCUGAUCGCGGUGCUGGUCACAGCGUUGUGCGUGUUGACUCUGCUCGAUUCGCCGCCACAACUCCCGGAUCCACCGGCGGAUCCUCCUCCCACGCCUGGUGGCGUACCCCCGGGCACAAGAAGCAUCGUGGCUUACUCGUGGGCGCGGAGAUUGGCACUCGAUUACAGACCCUCCAAGGAGUGCGACGGUAAUGGAACGUACGGAACGACGUUAAAUACGUUCAAGUUAGCCGACGAGAAGUGGCUCGAGACAAUCCCUGGACAGCUCUUCCUGUACAGCGCCCACUUGGACCUGAGAGUGGCCGGUUAUCCAAGCCUCAGGGUGAUUGGCGUUAAACGUGGACCUCUGCCGACCUCUGCCCUUUUCUGCACCGUUUGGUACGAAGAGGAGGAUCGAGGCAGAGCCGUGAGCGUGGAGGCACUGGUGUCCACGAUUUGGCUGGAGGAAUGGGGCGAGACGGUGGACAGUUACGCGGGGAUCCUCGUCGGUUGUCAAUUACCACUCGACGCGGCGAUCGAGCCGUCCAAGGUGUACGUAGGCCUGGAGCCCUGCCACCAGAAUGCUAGUCAUAGUUUAGCGAUAAAGAACGAGGACAGCAGGAGCGAAGCUGAGGCGCGACGCCGUCAAUUCACCCUGUGCAUCAAGGGUUUGGACUUCGACGAGGAUAUCUCGAGGAAAAUCGUCGCUUUCGUCGAGCUCCACCGCAUACUUGGCGCCGAACUCUUCUACUUCUACGUGUUCAACGUUCACGAGAACGUGUUGAGGGUGUUGAGGCUGUACGAGCGGUCGAACGUGAUCAGAUGGUUCAAUCUCACGCUUCCCGGUGACCUGCCGAACGAGAGGAUCUCGAGGAGGCGGUUCCUCUCCGAGAAUAUCUGGAUCAAGAGGCGCAUGGAGCUGAUACCGUACAAUCAUUGCUUCUACGACAAUCUUCAUCGAUCCGAAUUCGUGGUGCCCAUCGACAUCGACGAGGCGAUCGUCCCGUCCAGGAGGAAGAGCUGGCACGAGUUGUUGCUCGACGAGAGGAUCAAGCUUGGGAGAGGAUUCAAGGAUUUCGCGUCUUACGCGGUGAGAAACGCUUACUUUUUCCCCGAGCUGCAGACGAGGAACAGGAGCGACGACGGUGGCGAGGACAAUUCCACCGAUAUUCUCACCGAUUUCAAUUAUCUGGACACGGUGAGGACGGCCUGCAUCUCGCCUGAGGGCGACUCGGUGAAGAGUUUCGUCUCGACCAGGCGCGCGUUGACGGUGCACAAUCAUUACGCGUUGACCGCGUUGAACCCGUCCACGAGGCGGGCGCACCAUUUCGAUCCGGGCGACGUUUUGAAGCAUCAUCACAGGGCCUGCGACGAGACGCAUUUGGACUGUGAUGCUUUGAUGGAGGACGUUAGGAUCGACGAGUCCGCGUUGAGGUACUCGAACGAACUUAAGAGGAGGAUGAGAGUGGUUUUCGCCGAUCUGAGAACAUUCGCGUAGCGUACGAGAAGUUGUGUACAUAAUAAAGGAUGAAUAAGGAUUAAAUCGA